AUGUUCCGAGCUGUGCAGCGGCUGGCAGCAGCCGCGGCCCCGCGGGGGCCCCCUGCAGCAGCAGCAGCAGCAGCAGCAGCAACAGCAGCAGCAGCAGCAGCAGCAGCGCCAAAAACGGAAGUCCCCGAUGUGCUGGUCUCCUUCGGCAAUCAAGCAGACAGGAUCACCUUCGUCAGCCACCCAGGAGUUAUGGCAGUUUCGAAACUCCUCGAAAUGGAACACAUCUCCCAAUUCCGAGCUGUCUUGACACAAGAAGACGUCAACGCCAUCACCGAAUUCGACCCCGAACUCGCCAAGGCAGUGAAGGCACAAGUGGCAGUGGACGAGGGGCUGGCAGUGAACUUCCAAGACUUGGAGUUUUUCGACAGAAGUGAAUUUGUUGCUGCUUUCAAAAAAGAAAAAAAAAUGCUGCAGCAAGCUCGAGAAGAAGUGCUGCAGGCGCCCCCGGGUUCUUACGAGCUGCCCAAGGCAGCAGCAGACUACAAGCUGCCCCAG